AUGCUCGGAAUUGCGUUAUUUGGCUUGGGACGAGCUGGAAGAAUUCACGCAAGGAAUAUCCUCGCGCAUCCACAAUGUCGUCUGCUGUACGCUAUCGAUCCAUCGCAGCAGGCUGUGUCCACUUUCAACGAGGUGAUUCCAACAGCCGCCAACAACAUCCACGUCAUUGUGUCGUGCGACGCGGCGGAUUUGGACUGCGUCUUCAACGACACCUCAGUUGAAGCAGUCUUCGUGUGCUCCACCACUGGCAGCCACUACGAGAUUGCACGACGCGCCAUUCUCUGCGGAAAGGCAGUGUUUUGCGAAAAGCCAAUAAGCGUUGAUGUGGAAGAAACUGAAGCGCUGUAUCGCAUGGCUCUUGCGAAGAACAUUCCCCUUCACUGCUCCUUCAACCGGCAAGUUUGUGAGAUGUACGAUCACUUGCAAUCCGGCAACCUGGGAUCAAUACAUGUGGUGAAGACGUGCAGUCGCGAUCACCCCUGUCCCUCCACAAAAUUCCUCCGAGAAUCAGGUGGCUUCUUUCACGACUGCGCUACUCACGACCUCGACAUGAUUUGCUGGCUUGUGGGAGCGAUGCCUCAGCGUGUCUUUGUCACAGCUACGACACAGGAUGAAUCGAUCAGGGAGUUGAACGACGUCGACACGGCUGUUAUCGUUCUCAAUUUUCCUUCACGCACGCCAAGUGAACCCGGCCCUAUUGCCAUCGUCGAUAUCUCUCGUCAUGGAUGCUACGGAUACGACCAACGAGUGGAGAUCCUGACCGAUGGUGGGAUGCUUCGUUCGGAGAACCAACAAGCCUCCGGGAUCGUGUUGAGCAUCCCCGGUGCUACCCAAUCUGCCCCAAUCAAGGACUCCUUCCCUCAGCGCUACGACGAAAGCUACGUCCAAUCACUCAACGUCUUUGUGAAGUGUGUCCUUGAAAAACGACCAGCCGAAAUCUCUGGCCACGAUGUGAUCAACAUCUCACGAUUGGCCCACGCCUGUGACGAAUCACUCAAGUCGGGCCAACCCGUGGAUUUCCAAUCGAUUAAACUGGAUUUCUGA